UCACCAUCCCCACCCCCCCUUCGUCGGGCACAACGCUCAUCUCGCCCACCAGCACCACCAACAAUGGUCCCCCAGGCGCGCCCUCGGUGAGCGGCGCCAGUACCCACUCGUCCCAUGCGCGCAAGCAUAACCGUGCCGCAAGUCACCAUGCCGUCGGACAUGGUCACGGCCACGGCCACGGGCAUGCCCAUGGACACGGGCACGCGCACGCGCGGCGGCCACACGUCUCGCACCACACACAUUCGUCCCACAGCAGCCGCAGCGGGCGGCGCAGCUCGGAGGGCGAGCACGGGCGGCGCGCACUCGUCGCAGGACUUGCGAUGCAGGCGCUCGAGGGCGUGCCAAAGACGAAGCGCAAGACGAGCGAACCGCUCGCGGGCGCGUCAUCGCGGCCCGCACCAAAGCCUAAUCGCAGCGACCCGCAGCUUCCGCGCCUGGGCGACUCGCCCGGCUCGAGCGGAGUGAGCUCCAAGAAGCGCGGAAGCAAGGCCGACAUCGAAGUGGAGGUUAUUGCCGGGCCAGACCAGGGCGGGGACGACGAGUGGGAGAGCGGCGAAGAAACGCCAGCCGGAAGCAGCCGGCCGCGCGGCGAUGCCGUGGCCCCUCUCCCGCCCGUGAAUGAGAGGACUGCGCAGCGCUCGGUGGUAGCGGGUGUUGUCGGCGAGUCGCCGAGUGACCUGCCUACCCCGAGUCCUGGCCAUGAGCCGCGCGAGACGCAGCGCACAACGGGGUUCCCUGGCGUGCCGCUUACACCGGCGUCGCAGCCGAGCGGCACUGCAAGCCGCUCGCACUCUCCCAGCCGCGCAGCGAGCGUGCUUUCCCUCUCGCGCCCCGGGUCACACAUUAACCUUCGUCACGCCGUGCACACCCCCGGCACGGCACCACACACCGAGGGGCGCCCAGAAGGCCGCGAGUAUCCGUUCCCAGCGAUGAAUGGCCCGGAACACUUGUCGCGCGAGACGCGCGAGAGGGAGAGGGAGGCGAAGAAGCCGUCGCCGCUCAAGCCGACCCACCACCGAGAAUCGAGCGGAAGCACGCCACAGACGGCUCCGCUGCUCCGUCGCCGGCCGAGCCACGCUUCCCUCCGCAGCAUCCAGAGCCUGCGCGCGCCGCCACAUCCGCUCAACGCCCUAGACUCGCCAAAGCAGAAACGCACUGCGUCGCUGCACUAUCCGCCUGCCGCGCCGGCGCUGGUCAACCGCGAGACGGUGGAGGGGCUAGGAUGGGAAGGCGACGAGCCCGCAGCGCCUGCACCCCGCGCCGAGCCGCGCCCGGCCAGAGUCGGGAGCUUCUCCUCCGUCCGCUCCCUCAAAGGACUGCUGAAUGGCCCGCCGCCGCGCCCGCCGCCCACCCCGCGCCGCCUGACGGCGAUGCAAGCCGCGACAGCCGUCAGCCGGCUGGGCACGACGAACGACCCGGUGGCAUACCACCAGAGUCUGGGCUUCUCAUCCACGACAGCCGAGACCGCGCACCUCCUCAGCCGCUUCUUGCCGCCCAAGAAGCGGCGCCGCCCGCGCUGGGCGAUCACGGCCCGCGAAGCGCUGGCAGCGCACCACGCGCUCGAGGCGGGCGAGGAGAUCGAGACGGGCCGCAUCGGCCUCACGGACGGACAGUACCGCGACGCGCACGAGACUCUCGUGGCUUCGAUGCGCGCGCUGGGUGCGCCGAAGGCGCGGCGCGGCGCGCCACGCAGCUACUCGUACCAGUCGUUGUUGGGGGCGACGGAGGAGCUGAGCAUAGCGCCCCGCAAGCAGGGCAUGUCGCCAUUCGAGAUGAGUGCUGCGCGGUGUAUGGCGCAGCGGGGGCGGUAGGCCGAGCGGAAGCGAGGACGGCAAGGGCAGCGAGGGCAGCGGAGCCUGGGUGGCGCGGAAGCUGAGGGCGAAGUGCUGAGCCGUGAGUGAGAGGUGGCGGAGGCCAUGGAAUGAUGGAAGUAGUCUACGAUAGUUGUCGGUGCACAGUUCAUGUACGUUAUGGGCAGACGGGAUGGGCGUCGAGACGCAGCGCGGCGAUGAAUGGACGCUACGACGCAGGCGAAGAUGUACGAGUUGGAGAGAGUAAUAAUGCCCUCCACUUUGGAUUUGGGGCUGAGUAUUGCGGGUUUUCGCGUUUUCACCUCCACUCCACCCACUCGCUCAUCAACUCGACUCAACAUGGC